AUGAAGAAUAAACCAAAAGCAUUCGAAGGUUACAAUAAUAAUAAUAAUAACUCAGUCAAUAAUGAGAAGGAGAGAGAUGAAGUUCUUGAAAAACGAGAGGCAGAAAAACUGCAAACUCUCAUAAGUAGUUUUCAUGAAGAGGAAAAGACAUAUUCGGGACACGUUGAACUACCAGACAUAAAGGCGUUGCAAAUAUCGACAUCGCAAAUAUUUGGUUUUGAUGAGAAUAAUUCGGAAGGUUGGGCAUCCUCCUUAUUUUCAUCCUCGUCUGAUGACAGUAGGAAAGAAAGUUCUUAUGAAGAAAUAGCUGAUGAAACCAACAUUAGAAAUAAAAAGUCAUAUAAAGACGAGAGCGAAACUGAAAUGGAAAAUUCGACGUCAUUAUGUUGUCUUGAACCACAAACAACAAUGUUUUUAAAACCUGGUAUGGAGUUUGUUGGAUUCCAAGUAUCUGGGUAUAAAAAAUAUACUAUUGAGGUUAAUUUACAUAAUAUGGAAUUACCUUGUUCCAAGCAUGUUUCUCCAAAUCCUCAUAUAUAUGGUAUUAUUACUAUUAUUGGACUUACGGGACAUCACCAAAGAUUAAGUACAUAUUUCGAAGGGUUUGUUUGUGGUAAUGAACGGUUUGGGUUUUUGUCUUCUAGUUGGCCUCAAGAUAGAGAUCAUUCUGACUUUUUCAAUGGUGACGAAUCUGAUAUAGCAUAUUGGUCCAAAUUGAAACCGUUCGAGAAAGUGUUUAGUCCACAACAUUUAUGGCUGUAUACAGAUUACGAUAAAGAUUUAAGACAUUCAUUUAGAAAAUUGACAAAAAAAUAUUGCGAUAAAGAACUAAGGGAAAGAUAUAUAUUUAUGAAAUGGAAAGAAAAGUUUUAUAUUACAGAUACAGUGGAAUAUUCGAUUAAUGGGGCAUCAUAUGAAGGAUUUUAUUAUAUUGUUCAUGAUAGAUUGAUGGGGACCAUAGAAGGAUAUUUUUACGAAGAAGGUGGGCAAAGGUUUCAACAUUUGGAACUACAACCUUUAUUAAAACCAUCUAGCGAACAUUUUAGCAGUUCAUUUGAAUUUCGUUGA